GGCGCAUGCGCGAGCGAUGACAGUUCCACUUCAGUUUCCCGCCAAGACGCGCGCGUUUCAUUACACGAACAAUUUAAUUAUUACGCGAUUUUAAGUUUUUAUUUCGUAUUUUGUAGUAAGUGAUUUGUGAUAUAAUUUGGAGUUUUAAUUAAAUCUUUUGAUAUUUUCGACGUCAAAAAUGAAGUCCUUUACAUAUUUAAUUUUGUACAUAUUGGCACAAAACUCAGUGAACAGUGAAAAGCCAUUUAAAAGUAUACCAGUGACUGUAAAAACUUAUGAGAACGAUACUGUUUUGCUGCCGUGCUAUAUGGAUGAAAUGGAAGCCAAGCUCCGCGUCCGCUGGUACAAGGACUCGAAGCUCCUCGGUGACAGCCAUACGCCGCACGAGAUUCUCCCUCCGCGUGUGCGCAUGCAUACCAACUACAGCCUGCAAGUAGACCAGCUCCAGGCGCAGGAUACCGCCGACUAUACUUGUGAGAUUAUCAGACCGGAGCCGUGGGGUCCCAUCAGACAGACACAUUCUAUAGAAGUACAAUAUUCCCCAACCAUCAAAACUAUACCCGAGGAUGGAUUCCUAGAAGUUCGCAAAGGAGAGUAUGUGGAUAUCGGCUGCGAGACCAGCGGCACUCCACCCCCUAUUGUAGAUUGGAGGAAAAAUGGUGAGGCCAUGGCCCUGCUGGAGCACCGCUCCCGCAUCCGCUUCCGCGCGGAGCACCGCCUGCUGGCGGGCGUGUACGAGUGCCUCGCCAACAACGGCGUCGGGGAACCUGCCAGGGCCACCAUCACAGUCGUCAUACAGGAUGCCCCCGUGGUGUCAUCAGAGCGUGUAUACGUGCACACAGCUAUAGGCCUCCGGGCCGCGCUGGCUGCUAAGCUGGACUUCGCGGUGCCUCCCGCCAGGACCGCCUGGUACAGGGAUGGGAGACCAGUGAAGACUGAUGAUAGGAUAGUACAAAUGGUUCAAGACAACACUCAUCAGUUGAUCUUCAGGAACGUUCGGAAGCAGGACCUCGGGAACUACACGUUCCGCGCUGAGAACAAGCUCGGGAUGGCCGAUCUUAUGUUCAGACUUACUGGUGUACCAAAUGCGGCCUCUUUCAAAGUGGACGUCGCUCUAAACAAGGCCUCUGCGACAAGUUUUACUCUUAUUUGGGAAGUCGACUCGUACUCCACGAUUAUUGAAUACAACCUCUGGCUUCGUCCGUACUACGGUCGUCUGGCAACUCCUGAACCAGAUUCCUUCACGACUGAGACUCCUGUUAAUCACUGGAGCAAGAUCGUGGUGCCUGGAGACUCUAGCGAUGGACCUAUCCACAGCCAAAUAUAUACAGUAAGGGGUCUAACACCAUCCACAGUGUAUGAAGCCAUAGUCACAUCUAGAAACAGGUUUGGCUGGAGCAAGCCUUCUUCAAUUCUUCACUUUGCUACGGAACCCGGAGCCGGCAGAACCCUGCCAUCAACAUCAGAUUACACGGACAUAACCCCAAUUUUAGAAGAAUCGGAAUCAGAACCGCCCCACAAUAUAUCUCACGCACAAAUAUUAGGACACGUCAAUGAAAUGUCAAGCGGUGCGCGGGAAACGCCAUGUUUGGCAGCCAUCUUGAUUAUAAGUCUGUUGAUUUUUCAUUUGAGCUGAAAUUUGAAUUUGAGAUUUUGAAUAAACUAUAAAUUAAUUUUUAUU